UUAUGCGUACCUUGAUUUGUGAGGGUAUUGAGGCUUUUAUAGUAAUAAAAGGUUGGCCUCUCUUCCUUGGUGUAGAAGUCUUUCCCUUAUAGGAAUCCCAAACAUGAUGGACAAGACUUUUCAUUGUAGAGGAGAUCUUUAUUAACAUGCGUAUCUUCCGGAAUUCUUUUCGUGUUAGGAUUCCUAUUUUCAUUGGGAUUCUAUGAUGAUUCAGGCGUGUGUAGCAAGUAUUUCCAGUCUAGAGGGCUUACCCACUAUCAGCCCAUGGGCUAGGAUCCGUCAGGCGCAAUUUAACGAAGGCCCGUCAUAAAAAUAUUUUUACCCCUUCAGUUGCCCCCUCCACCCUAUGGGCCCGUCACUAUUGAGUGGACGGACCAAUGGGGUGACAGUUCAAUAUUCUGGGUUUGACGAAUCAAAAAGGGGACGACGCGUACUGCGCCCAUCCCUGAUAGGUUGUUAAGCAAUUAUGAUGUACGACACGUGUCGUUCUUUGAUUGGACUUUUCCCCGGAUCGAAGUGUCGCUUCGUUUUCCGUGCACUUCCUAUAUAUAUAUAUCACACUCCUCCUUUCUCAUUUCUCCAUUUUCAACUGAAACAUAUUGUCAGAGCGCUACCGUCAACCUUGUCAGAGAGCGAUUCAUUCAAUACCUGUACCCGUCAUUAACUCAACCAUUGCAUUUCACGUAUUCACAGAUUUGGUGAGUAUUUUCUUUUCACAAGUCCUGCAAUUGUACUUUUUAUUUUCCUAGACUUUUAUACGCACCCGACAGCACUUCUAGAUUCGUCAGUCUUAGGUUUUGUUGUCACGUGUAGGUAAUGUGUAGUGCGUCAAGUAAUCAGUCAGUUGUUCGUGACGGGGCGAAUUACGAGGAAGUAUACCCGUCUGGUCACAAAGACCAAGAGAGUCCAGAUGAAGAGAGGAUUUCGUCCACCUCUUCCUCGUCCUCAACAAAUGAGGAUAUGGAGAUGGCUGAACCAGAUGAUGUUUCUAAUGAUGGCGAGGAACAGCCAAUAAGAUUCGUCGUAGGUGCUGAUGGACUUAGGGAGUUCAUCAUGCUACCAGAGUGGACGGUGCAUAACUUCACAUCCACCAUCAAGGAGAAACACUGCAACACUUUUAAGGCUAACUUUCAAAUUCCAGAUAAAAUUUCAAUUUGUCUACCCUAUGUAUCAGAGAAAUGUUAUUGCAAAGGGGUAGAGGGUGUUGGGGUGUACGAACAGAUGCUGAAGGCGGGACUUAGGUUUCCACUAAGUACCCUGCAUUGAGAGCUUCUCAAGUAUCUGGGUCUGUCUGUCACCCAAAUAUCUUCGAACGCCUGGAGGGUUUUCAUAGCAAUGGAGAUUCUGUAAGACGCUAUGACAGACGGUGCUAGGAGACUAACGGUGCGGGAAUUCCUCCACUGCUACCGUCCAGAUGAGAUAGAUAGAUCAAGGGGGAUGUACAGUUUUGCUAGUAGGAGUCCGUUGUUGAAGAUUAUAUUUGAGACCCUCGACUUAAAUAGAGAUUGGAAGAGUCGUUAUUUCUUUCUAGAGGGUGACGAGUGGAUGGGUCGUCCAGGGGAGAUGGAUCACAUGCCUGUCGAUAAAAAGGACGCAACCAUCCAAAGGGUAUCGUCCUCUUAAGCAACAAAAGGUCCCUUUGGAACCCGUUGUAAGGUUGAUGGCUGAGGGUGUGAAGAUGGUCACCCCAGCAAAGCAUGGGUUAGGCAAGGGCUUUAUGAAGGCCCCAUCCACUAGCCAAGAGAAGCCACCUCCCCUCCUCCGUGACGACUCUAAAUAUGCCCUGGAGAAACUUUCAUCUAUCAUCACGUCGGAGGACUACGAGGAUUUAGGCAAUCACUCCACGGAGGCAAUGAGGGAGACGGGGCUCUUCGCGAUUGCACAGUCCCUGAUUAUGAUGAAGGGCCUAAUGGAUCGGUGCAUUAACCAUGAGACAGCUUUGGAACGUGUGCGAGCAAAGGCAGAGCAGACGGAGGAUUAGUUGGGUCAACUUAAUAAAUGGAAGUCUACUAUGGAGAAAAAGUUUGACCUUUCAGAGCAGGUGAGGAAGGAGCUUGAGCAAAAGACGGAUGAGGCGAAGAAGGCCCUAGAGGUCAGACAAGGAGAUCCAAGACCUGAAGGAAAAGCUCCGUCAAGCAAAGGAGGCGGCGAUACGAGAAUAUCGUGACUCCGACGCCUUAUUGUUUGAGCUGGGAGACUCAUUCCUGCAAGGUUUUGAUGAUACACUCCGUCAAUUUAAGAAAGCCUACCCUGCCCUGCCCUGGAUGUGUCCAUGAUAAAAGUUGACGACCAAGCCCAGACGUCCGCUAUGCCCGUCGCUUCAGAGAACACAGAUGACCUUUUUGCUGAGGAAACAGCCCAAGGUGACGGAGAGUUAGCUCAAGCACAAAAUGUUCAAGAUGCCGACCCCAAAGAGU